CAGUGGAGUGGUUAAAGUUAAAUGUAGAAGAGAAAAAUAGAACCACGGUCCAUGUAGUUAUCACUGUGCACGGUUGCAUUUAUGUGACCAACAAAAUGGGUUUACAAGAAAAACUGGUUAGGAGUCGCGUUCCUGUAAAAUGUAGAAGCGCGAAAGCAGCUACUAGGCUUGCACGGCAUUAUGAUUUUAACUGGGGAGUGGGCUUAGGACUUCCUGGGGUAAAGUCAGUAAGCUCUAGUCAUUUUGUAUUUGUGUAG